UCUGCUUCUCUUAUAACUAAUGAGGUAGAGAACCCUAUCUUCUAUCUUCUCUUCACUUUCCUUCUCUUCAAAAAUUAGGGUUUCAAGAAAAUAAAGAAAAAAAAUGGGAAGAGCUCCUUGUUGUUCAAAAGUAGGGUUGCAUAGAGGUCCAUGGACUCCAAGAGAAGACACACUCCUCACUAAGUAUAUUCAAGCUCAUGGAGAAGGACAAUGGAAAUCACUACCAAAAAAAGCUGGACUUUUAAGAUGUGGGAAAAGUUGUAGGCUAAGAUGGAUGAAUUAUUUGAGACCAGAUAUAAAGCGUGGAAACAUAACUCCUGAAGAAGAUGAUCUUAUAAUAAGAAUGCAUUCUCUCUUGGGAAACAAAUGGUCCCUCAUAGCUGGAAGAUUGCCGGGAAGAACUGACAACGAGAUCAAGAAUUAUUGGAACACGCAUCUAAGCAAGAAGAUGAAUGAUUCGAAGGAGAAGGAUGAAAAAGAAGGAGGAGAAACCGUCGCUAAAAAGAAAAAUAGGAAGAACAAGAACAAUAGUAAGAGAGAAAAGAACAAGAAGAAAAACAAAGGGUCAAAAGAAGAAGAAUCACCAAAAACACAAGUUUAUUUACCAAAACCUAUUAGGGUGAAGCCAUCAAAUUUGGCUAGAACAAAUAGUUCUUCCUUUACUUCUUUUGAUUCCAACAAUUCGGCAUCAACGAGCCAGGAGAAAGAAGAAGAUAACAAUAACAAUAACAAUGGCGAGGGCGAGGGCGACGUCACAAAAGCAUGGACGGAGGAAACAAACAACUUGGUAUUUUUGGGUGAAAUUGGUGUGAACAAGAAAAAUAAUAUGGAUGAAAAUGAUGGGUUUGGAUUCUAUUUUGAUGGCCAUGAAGACUUGGUCCUCAAUAAUAAUAAUUCAGAUAUGGAGGGUCAAUCCUAUAAUUAUUAUGGAAUGGAGGAUCAUCUUAAUCAUCAUGGAACAUUAGAGAAGCUAUAUGAAGAGUAUUUGCAGGUUUUGAAUAUGGAAGAUAACAUGUAUGAGUUGGAUUCUUUUGCUGAGUCUCUAAUGGUGUAAAAAUAAGUAAAAUUACUAGCUAUUAUAUUUUAUUGUAUUAUUUUGUUGUUGUAAACUAGAAGAAAGGUACAGAGAGAGAAGUAGAUGAGAAAAGAGGGUUAAAAAAAAAAGAAGAAUAAUUGAAUAUACAGCUAAGAAUGAAGCAUGUGAAUAGGAGAGGCCCAUAUCUUCAUCAUAACUUCUGUUUUUUUUUUUUUAUAUAAAUUUUAAUUUAAUUUA